UCGAACAUCUCUCCUCGGAGAGAAUCAAAGGAUCAUCGGAUCUAGCCGAUAUGAUGGAAUCUGUCUGAUACUUCCACGGGAAUAUCAAAGUGAGAUCUUACAACAUUGUCUAAUAAAGGAGUUAUCUAUCGUUAGAUGAAUAAUUGAUAAGACCGAUGUGAUGUCGGUGUUCCUCUCGUUGACAUGUGCAUAAAACGAUAUCCGAGGAUGAUAGGAUAUUCAAUGACGAGCAUAUGAUACCACGUAACUCUCGUAGCGCGGUGGGAAACACGCAUGUUUGUUGACAAAGCACGAAGAAAGAGAAGGAAAUAUACAGGUAAUUUAAUUUGAUAUCCAUGUUUCCUAAAAUUCAGACUAUGGGCCUAUCUGGAUACAGUUCAAGAAGACAGAACACCAAGCCUGAGAAGUAAUAGUGUAAGAAGCUAGCAGAUACAUCUUAAUUUUAUUUUGUCUAUUACAAAAAAAGAAAUUACUAAUUUUAUUAUACUUGACAUAAGAUAUAAAUAUGUGCCACACAAUGCGAGGAGCUUUAUAAAGUUAGCGUAACUAACUGAUGGCUUAACAACAAUUAACCGAGCUUUUUCUAAUACAAUGCACGAGAAUAAUGAUACAAAUGAUGCGAGAGAAUACAACACAACAGAUGCCACCGAGUCUAUUUUGUACACUAUACUGGUGAAUGAUCUUGCAACAGUUUCCACAAGCAUGCCAAGUACAAUCUACAACGACAACGUAUCCACGACGGCAUACAUAGAGUUGCCGCAGGACAGCGAGAAUAAUCAACGAUUGUGGAAUAUAUCCAAAACCGCAAUAACUUCACUGUCCGAACCUACAGCAAUAUCAUUUAACACUUCAAGAAGCACUAUGAUAUAUACAUCAACAACCGAAUCAUUUGAUGAAUUUGGUCCGCCAGAAGGAGUAGAAUAUAUUUUUGUACCACUUGGUGUAGUGGUUUCUGUUAUUAUACUAUCAGCUGUGGUAUGGGUACUGAUUAUAUCGAGAAAACGCAAGUUGGAACGUUUAAGACACAGACUCAUGCCAAUGUAUAACUUUGAUCCUGGAGAAGAAGAGGAGGAUGAUUGGGAGACUGAACUGUUGGACGAGUGCUACAAUACACAUCAGAGACGACAAGGAUAUCAAUCCAUGGAUACUGAAGAAAAUGCAGAGCUAUUCAGUCGUCACUAGUAGUAUAUUUUUGCAUAGCAUUUAUAUUAUUUUUUCAUUAAGCUAUAACUAUUAUAAGCUAAAGACAUUUCUUUAUUGUAAUUUUUAUACACACGUUAUUAAGCAUAUCGGAAUUUACAACUUUAGCUAAAAAUUAUAUUUUUUCUUAUACAGAUUCUUAAAGACCAAAGUUUUAUAAAAAUAACAUAUUUAUUAGAAAUAUAUUUGAUAAUUCCAA